AUGGGUCCCUUUCUGUCUGACUAUAAAAAUAACGAUGCAUCAAUAUUUAAGCAUUGUGUCUACAACAAUGAGCAAGAUAUUCUCAAUUGGCUACACGAUGAUGAUGUUUUAAUUCUCGAUCGCGGUUUUCGUGAUACGGUUCGAGCAAUGAAACAAUUUGGGUUUCAGGUCGCUAUGCCCAGUUUUCUAAACGGGCGAAAACAAUUUUCACUCGAAGAGGCGAAUCUUCAUCGCUGCAUUACUAAAGUUCGAUGGAUACUAGAGAGUUCUAGGGCUUAUGCCCAAACUAUUCCCAACUCAUCUCUGUGCUUCCUUAGUAACUAUAUUGAUAUAAAUUGCGCAUUAAUCAAUGCGUAUGGUGCACGUUGCGUGCAAGAUAGACAUUCGGGCACUGAAGUGGCUGCUCAAAUGCUUCAAAAGUGUCAAACAACAAAUCCCGUUCAAUUGCGUCUUCUUGAGUUGCUAGAAACAAAAUUGCAAUGGAAAAAAUGCGACGCGCAACUGUUAAUUUUCCUAGAACUCACAGAACAAGAACUACGAAAUUUAUGCUACGGAACUUAUCAAAUUAAGCAAGCGAAAUCCUACAUCAGAGAGCAUCUCACACAAUCGCCUCUUGUGGGCAACGACAUGGAAUUUAUCAUUGAACUUUGUGCACAACACAAUGAUCUUGUACGAGCUCGUUUUGAAUCCCGCCAUUAAUCUGCAUUAUAUUUGGCACGUUCGAGUACUAUUCCAAUAAUACCAAAAACCUAUGGAUUUUGUAUCUCAAGCCUUUAUCGAUUUAAUGGAAACGAAGAAAAUUUCUUGCUUGCUGAUCGUGAUAGUACAUAUUUGGAUCGUAUCUUAAUGUUUUCAUCUAAUCGACAGCUCGAAUUUUUUUUAAAAUCAGAAGUAAUAUUUUGUGACGGUACAUUUGCAUCCGCACCGCCACAAUUUGAACAAAUCUAUACGAUGCACGCUGUUUAUGAAGAUGAAGGUGAGAUAUUGACUCUAUUAGAAAUAAUAUUUCAAGUUCGUCUGUUUCAUUGA